GGUUCAGUCGCUUCUACCAAAGCGGCACUCACGUUCCGUGUCCGGACCGCACGCGCCUUUACCGCGCGCGCGACUCUAUCCUCUCUGUCUCCCUUUCGCUCUCGUUCUCCCGACGACCACAGCAUCCCGCUGUGCUCCGAGAGAGCCCCCGGAUCAAUCGUGGGGAUUCUCCGCGGGCUAAAUCGCCCGAGAGGUACUUAUCUCUCGUCGUAACGACGAGAUUUCGAACGAUAGAUCGCUCGGCCAAGAACGGAGAGAACGCGGGCUCGUUCUCGCGACGCGAGACGAGUGGCGAAGAGCGCCGAUUAACAGUGUUGUGAGGGGAACCGGCGUGUUUGAAAAGUGAUCUUAGUGAGCAGAGAUUUUUUCCAGUUUUCAGUUAGUGCUACGUGCGCGAAGGGGAGCGCUGGUCUUCGUAAGCGGCAACGUAAUAGAAAAUUACAACACAAAGAUGCUGCCAUUUUCUACGGAACGGUUAUGUUCACAUAACGAAAUGUGAGUGGCGAUGAAAGAAAUUUCUAUGAAAUUGAAGAUUCAAGAUUUAACCGAUUAAUGUACAUCUCUGCUUCGGGUUAAUGGAGCGCAACCCAUGGAAGGGGGGUACACUGCCAAGCGAAGACGGAGAUUUCUUGAACCAGGAUUAGAAGGCUGCCUAAAAUCAAGCGCACUUGUUCUCGUCUCAAAUCGAUCAAAUCAUUGACGUGAGCUUUACGAAGAGCUUUAAACUUCGCGCACUAGAUUCAGCAACGCGCGCGUAAGCUGCUUCAAUCACGCCGCGGCAACAAAUCUGUGAAAAUCUGAAACUGUAAUUCUACAUGAGGGUAGAUCCGCCGGAGAAGAGAAAAAAAGGAGAAGUCGCCCGAUCGCCCUCGGACGAUCAAAGGAUCGCCCGCUGAGAACAAAUUUAUUCUAUGUCUUGCGAAUUUUUGAGAGGCGGAUUGUCGCGACGCAGAGGUUGCGGCAUAAACGAUGCGCCCGCCGGUGAAUUAAAGCGUAUACCUGGGCUGGUCGUUCGGACAAUCGAUAAUGCUGGGUCGUAAAACUGCGCACGAGGCACGUAGCGUGUCUGAUAAAUAAUGCAAUUUUAUCGAGAGGGUCGAUGUCUUGAGGUGUGAAGCGAAAAGCGCCGGAUCAUUCUUAGUGCCUCGAACAGAUCUCGAAACGCCUCACGUCAAAUACGAUGCGGACACUGAUUUGUGCAUCAAUCUUGUGAAAUUGACCUGAAAUGCUUGAUCCCGAAAAGAACUGAGAACAAGAGUUAAUGGGAAAUUAGGAACAAGUGUAUUAUUCGAAAUAAGUGAUCGUGCGUGCUACAAGAUCCACACGAGUGCGGAUCGAGUAAGUGCGGAUUUCCUUAGAUUUUUUUUGCGGACGAGAUCGAUUCCCGUGACGUCAUUGCAAAAACGACUUGAAAUAGUGUCAGAUUUGGUAAAUAUUUGUCGGUACUUCGAAAUCGAGUAGUUUAACGCGUCACGAAGCAUCUCAUCGUGAUUCAAAGCUUGUUCGAUGGGGGAUCGAAAAAAAAGGGUCUUUCCAUAUUGACAUGCCAUAUCAAACAGAGCUCAUGUAAAAGGGUCGGGGGAUACGUGCCAGAGUCGAUAAAUCGUGGUGUACGAGCAAUUAAGAAGUAAAUCGGAAGAGAGGUAAUUAACGUAGUAUCUAAAGUACGAAGACGCGCAUGCCUCACGGUAAUUAAUUACUUUCAAUGUGAGUUUAGAAAAGUCGGAGGAUCUCUUGGGUAUCAUUACACGAACUUGAAGAAUGGCACGUAACGCUCGUGAAUAAAAGAGGUACAGCGAAUAAAUUUCUAGUAUAUAGUCCUGAUUACCGAGGCACAACAAAAUUGCAUGAACUUCGGCGCGGUUACGAAGAAUCCUUUCGCGGGUAUACGAGAAUCUUUAAAAUAUAAAAGCGAAGAGAACACGCGAAUCGAAGCAGUUCGAAAUCCGUGAAAAUCAACCUCGUUUUGUGCUCGACAGUUUCAGGCGAGCCAGAAUGCGGGCGGUGCCGUAUGUGCUUCGUUAAACUGACAAUAAUCGUCAACCGCGUGUCACGAACUUGUACCCGGUAAAGCGAGUGUCGGCAAAUGAAAUUCCGGCCAUGCACUUACGAUGACGUCGUUUCGUGAUUUGAACAUUCGAGCAUCGACGCACGCAUGAAAAUUCGACUCGUCUUCUACGAGUAUAUGCGUAUCUUGACAGGAAGAAUCGUCACGAAGAGAAAAACAGAAGAAAUCUAAGAUUCAAAAACCGAUUAUUUAUGGGUUAUAUUGAAAGAAGAAACAAUUUUCAUACAUAUAUCUCGCACAAAGAGAAUUAGGAAAACGGGCAUUGUUCGUCGUCGAUCAUCAAAGCAAUACAUUGAUAGCCUGUCGAUUCGUUUGAAUAUCCACAAGAGGAGAAUCACAGAAAGAGAGAUUACCACAAAAGAGAAUCACACGACGUAAUCAAAGAGUUAUCUUGGGGGCAAAAAACAAUAUUCAAUAGGGAAGUUGGUGCGUGGUCGCGAUCGCGGAUAGUUAUCACCGGAAAACAAUAAUCGACUAACAGUCGACGAUUGUCGUCACGGGACAAAUGAUGGACCUUAUCAAAGUCGACAUGUGAUACGGCGCACGGCGACAAACGAGUGGUGUGCGCGAUUAGUUACGAGAGAAUGACGGUGAUGUGUACAUCGUUCACGGAUGUUGUUCAGUGCCGGGAUGCUGCAGUGAGUAACUGUCACUAAAAGAGCGGCGAGUGUGACACAACGAGAUCAGUUUCGUCGUACGUCGCUGUCGUUGCCGUUGUCGUCGUCAUUCGUGGAGGAGGGUAAGAAAAGAGCCGUCCGAUACCGCUCAGAAAAAUACCCAGCAUGAAGGAUCAUCGAGGAGGAUGGCUGCGCGUCGUGCUGCCCCUGAUAACGUUUCUCUCGCAUCAGACAGAAUGCGCGGCCAAGAACGGAAGAUCUGUAGUGGAGCACCAUCCGUCCUCCUACUGGGAGCAACCCUUUAGUCAGCCUUACUUCGACAACACGACAAAGAGGGAGACCACAACCACCGUCGGGCAAUCCGCUUACCUGCACUGCAGGGUGCGCAAUCUUGGCGAUCGUGCGGUCUCGUGGAUCAGGCAGCGGGAUUUGCAUAUCCUCACUGUUGGCAUUCUAACGUACACAAACGACCAGCGUUUCCAAUCGUUGCACAGCGAUGGUAGCGACGAGUGGACCUUGAAAAUCAGUUCGCCGCAAGUGCGAGACAGUGGAAUCUACGAAUGUCAAGUCUCGACAGAGCCGAAAAUUAGUCAAGCUUUCAACUUGAGCGUAGUAGUCUCGAAGGCAAAGAUCAACGGCAAUUCGGAGCUCUACAUCAAAAGCGGGAGCGACAUCAAUCUGACCUGCAUCGUGCUGCAAACGCCAGAACCACCAUCCUUCAUCUAUUGGUACAAAGGUGAUAACGUGAUAAACUACAGCCAACGCGGGGGCAUUAGCGUCGUGACGGAGAAGCAAACGCGAACGUCACGUCUUCUGAUCAGUAGAGCGCUGCCAGCCGAUUCCGGCAAUUACACCUGUGCGCCAUCCACAGCCGAGUCAGCGAGCGUCCUCGUCCACGUGCUCAAUGGGGAGCAUCCGGCGGCCAUGCAGCACGGGAACUCCAGCAACAGCGGCGCGGCCACGAGGACGCUCGCGUUGCUCCUGUUGCUCCUGCACGCCGGCUCCUUCGCAAGGUGACUGGUCGAUCACGAGGCGCUGCAGUAAGAGAGUAACGGCCGAUAGUUUCACCCAUGCGAGAACGGGGCGACGCGCGACGACGAGAGGGUGAUGCGAGAGAGAGAGAGAGAGAGAGAGAGAGAGGCCAGGAGAGGAGGGGAACGGGAGCACCAUCCACGCUAACCAUCACCUACCAGACUCUAUAAAUCAACUCGAUCUUCUUUUCGUAUAGUGCAAUCGGCUCUCGCCGGGGUGGAAAAGUGCGCGGAGAGCCGAAAGAGACGAAAGAGAAGACGAUGAGCGGCAGCGUUAACAACAACCGCUAAGAGAGCUUCGCUGGCUUUGGUUUCGCUUCCGGAGCAAGAAUCCGGCCGGCCCUACCCGGCCGGCUCGCGUUUCCUUAAAGUUAAAGCAACACUACUGUGUCCCGCGUGGCCUAUGUCUUGCUGCACGACGAGACUUGCGCUACAACAAUCGAGAACAGCAAUCCGUAAAUGCGAGACGACGAGCGAAUUCGGGGAUGUGUAAACUGGACGACGCGAAUUCUCUUUGAGAGUAUACGAACGAUAUUCCGAAGGACGAACAAAUCAUUCUAACGCGUUUCGACAAGGACGAAUGAUUUUCUCUUACGUCAACAUUUGCGACAGCGGAAUUAGCAUUUCUUUUCCCACCCGGGGCGAUCGCGUAGAUGUGGAGAUUUAUUGGCGAACGCAGCUGACUGUCGUGGAUCUCGAGAGGUAAGAACCGAUGUGUUUUCGUGUCCGGUCAGACUAACCGGCGACCCAGAUACGCCGGGCAAAACUACCGCGUGGAAUUUCACUCAAUUUCUGGUCGCCGGAUGCGGUAUCGCUUCUUCCCCCGAAGAGAACAAAUAUUUUGAGGUUCGUCGUACUUAUCCUCACUCGCGCAAACUUCCGAGAUACCUAUAUACACGCGCUCUGCGUCAUACGAAUGUCUCGUAAGCCGCCGGAUGUGCACUCCGACUUGCCUGCCUGGAAAACUUUGCGUCACCGGCGUCCGAAUGCAAUUUUUUUCAAUUGCAAAUGCGCAUAUCUCGUACACGUUGCAAUCUCAUAUUUUAUAUUAGAAUAUUAUUUUUGCUGUUAGGACAUUUAGAUGCCAAAUUUAAAAUAUUUUAAAUUUGACCUAUCUCAACGUGCGAAAUAAUUAUUCUAUAUCUUUGCAAAAGGUAAAAUAUGCGGCUAAUUUUUAUCUCUGCGUCAUUGAAGGCAUGCAACGACGAGAAAAAUAAAUUGCGCAGAUACGAAAAAAUGUAUUAUUGUAAAUUGUACAUCACUCUUUCGGGCUACUUACUAAGACCGUAACUUUUCUCGCCGCGGGGGCCUCCAGCGCUCUCUUUCAGUUUGAUUCUCACGCGAAAGUUUCGACGAAUAUAAAUAUUUCACCUCAAACGUGCCCGCCGCCUACUACGGAACUAGCUAACGGAAUCGGCUAUGACAAUAAUCGAUUUUCGCCUUUCGCGAAAGACGAAAAAGCCACUGAAGUAUCUCUGAAUUAUGCGGCUCGGGCCGUGCGGAAUUCGUAGUUUGGCAAGGGAGGACGACGCCCGCAGUUUCGCCCGGGCCGGGCCGGGCGUCCCAUUUGCAUCUCAGGACGCAGAAUUUACGAGCCCGAGGGUCGUCGAUCCUCUCUACGGCCACCGAGACCCGUCGCGCGUAUAUCCGUGUGCGUGUAUGAUAGACUCGAUAAGUUAUAUAACUAAGCUCGACGUACCGUCGUUCGCGAGAGGGAAAUAUCGAAGUGGUCGAUACAGGGUUGAGCUGAUAUAUAUAUUUUCUCGCUAUUAUGCUGACGCGGCGCGUUCAACACGCAUAUUUAAUUAGAGAUAUUAAUUCUACGCGAUUAUUUUCUUUCACAGCCAAAUCAAAACUGCUCGGAUUUUACUUUUAUGCAGAGACUCAUUCGCGCGUAUAUAAUAUUAAUUUCUCUUUUUAAUUCUUCCCGUUAAGAGUAUCGUCACAAUUUGAUCUGUCAUAUUCCGCACGUAUUAAAUAUAUAUCAAAUUAAUUGCAUUCCCAUCCGAGAUGAUCAAAAUUAUAUCACGUCGACGGUCGACUGUGCGGUCGCAGUUAACGCAACCAGCUGACGCGCCCGGAAUGUUCUUCGAAUAAAGUUCCAUUCCAGCGUUCAGUUGCGGCAUCCGAGAGCAGCGUCGACCCCGGGAAAUAUAUCGGUCGCGGAAAGUGACGGAAAGUUUAUUCCGGAGAAACACGGAAGCUCUCACGGUGGCGCACGAUACCGCGGCUACGAUUAAUUCGAUGCUCGUGCUAAGCCCUCGGUGCAGGGAUUUCGCUGAUUUCGACGCGAUAGAAAGCCCCCGGAUUUCGAGUUACGACUUCAGGCGCGUCGAUUUCAGCUCGCGGAUCAGGUAUCCGAGACCUACCUGCGUUUCGACGUGUCCUUGAAUAUAUCCUCAAUCUGCUUCCACAUCGCGCGAUUCGAUUUCUCGGAAUUAUCCGCACGUCCGAGUGCGCAUCCGGCACGAGAUUUUCACCGCGACUAGAUAACUGGAAGAUAUCACGCGUGGAGCUGGACACAUCGAACUACGUCGUGCUGCUAAGCGGACAGGUUGACGUUGAGUGCGGGGACUACGGAAGCGAGAAAAUGGUGUUCCCGGCGAUGGGAAAAGCGCGGCGCGGAUAACGCGCGCGAGGGACAAUGCGCGCGUACUCGCGCGCUCGCUAAGAUAACAUUAAGCUUUAAGUAAUUAAAGAAUCGUAUCGUACUGGUCUAUCCGUGUAUACGUCUUCAUAGAUCUCCGAUCGCGAGUGGGUCGGUCGUGGCGUAGCGAGAGGAAUCCGAGGCGCGUAUGCAGACGCGAUUGCGGCGCGCGACGUGGAACGACGUUGUUGCACAAUGCAUUACAACUAUAUUUUCAAAGGAUAUAUGUGUCAUCGCUAAAUAAGUAUGUCAACCGCGAGAAGGACAGAGUUAUCGAUGAUCGAAAAAAUCGCGAAAGAGCUCUAUUCUGAUGAUUCGUUUAUUUAUUGAGAUUUCUGGUGGCAUUGUUUCUAGCGAACAGCUAGAAAAUUAUAUGUGGUGCUCGUGUUACGAAAUGCAUUUUGUAUUUGGAUCUGUCGGAAAGUCAAGUCACUGGCCUAGUUUAUAGUGUUUACACCGAUCUCUUGAUACGCGUAUCAAAUACCUAUAGUAUAUUUGAGCUGAGCAUCAAAUAAUAAAACUAAUUUA